AUGGGUGCGGGUGGUGCAACGGCAAUGGGUGCGGGUGGUGCAACGGCAAUGGGUGCGGGUGGUGCAACGGCAAUGGGUGCGGGUGGUGCAACGGCAAUGGGUGCGGGUGGUGCAACGGCACUGGGUGCGGGUGGUGCAACGGCACUGGGUGCGGGUGGUGCAACGGGUGGUGCAACGGCAAUGGGUGCGGGCGGUGCAAUGGGUGCAAUAGGUGCGGGUGGUGCAACGGGUGGUGCAACAGGUGGUGCAACGGGCACGUUCCCCAGAGAUACUUUCACCGCUUGUAGAGGCCUGUCCGGCAAACAGACUACUAGUGAGCAGAAGCCACGCGCAGACAACGAGAGCGAGAGGCAGACGAGGAGUUAA